AUGCCAACACCUACACAAACAUCGAUCGAAAAUGCCGCAAAAAAGGAGGAAUUAUCAUUAGAACAAGAACAAUCACAAUCAUUUUCCCCUUCAAAUAAAAUCGAAAAAGUUGUUGUACAUCCACUCGUUUUAUUAAGUGUUGUUGAUCAUUUUAAUCGUAUGGGGAAAAUUGGUCAUAGUCAACGUGUCCUCGGAGUGUUAUUAGGCUCCUUAAAAAACAAAAUCUUAGACAUUUCGAACAGUUUUGCUGUUCCGUUCGACGAAGAAGAAAAGGAAAAAGAUGUUUGGUUUUUAGAUCACGAAUAUUUGGAAAAUAUGUAUACUAUGUUUAGAAAAGUAAACGCACGUGAACGUAUUGUUGGCUGGUAUCAUACUGGUCCAAAAUUACAUCGAAACGAUAUUUCUAUUAACGAAUUAAUACGUGCAUACAAUCCAGAUUCUGUACUCGUUAUUAUCGAUGCUAAACCAAAAGAUCUUGGUUUACCAACGGAAGCAUACAUUGCCGUAGAAGAAAUUCAUGAUGACGGUAGUCCAGCGUCAAAAACAUUUGAACAUUUGCCAUCAGAAAUUGGUGCCGAAGAAGCGGAAGAAGUUGGAGUUGAACAUCUUUUACGUGAUAUCCGUAAUGCAACAGUUGGAACAUUAUCUCAACGUAUUACAAAUCAACUAAUGGGUUUAAAAGGUCUAAUGAAAAGUUUGAACGAUGUUCGAAAUUAUUUAGAUAAAUUACUAACAAAUAAAUUACCGAUGAAUCAUCAAAUAUUAUCACAUAUUCAAGAUAUGUUUAAUUUAUUACCCGAUAUAAAUCAACAAGAUUUAACAAAAUCAAUUUAUGCUAAAACAAAUGAUGAAAUGUUACUAGUUUAUCUUUCAUCAUUAAUACGUUCUGUUAUUGCAUUACAUAAUUUAAUUAUGAAUAAAAUACAGAAUAGUGAUGCUGAAAAAUCUGACAAUGCUGCAAUUUCAGGUACAAGUGGAACAGUAACGGCAACAUCACAGAAUGAUAAAAAAAGUGAAAAAGGUGCCGGUGAUAAAACAACAUCAAAUAAUAAUAGCGCUAAUAAUAAUAGUAGUUAA